CCUGGAAGUGUCCAAGGCCGGGCUGGACAGGGCUUGGAGCAACCUGGGACAGUGGAAGGUGUCCCUCUGCGUGGCAGAGGGUGGAACUGGAUGGUUCUUAACCUUUCAACCCAAACCAGUUGGUGGUUCUAUGGGAUAGUGACAUUUCACACGGGAUGGACACCAGAGAGGCCAAUACUACUGGAAGCCUGGUCAAAGCCAGGAGAAAAUGCUGGAUUUGUUUUUGGAGGGCCAUGGAAAGAUGUAGGUUAGAAAGGACCAGUAGAAGCCUUGGCUGCAACGUCCUGCUUAAGGCAGGGUUCCAGAGGUCAGGCUGAUCAGAGCAUUUUGUGUCCACUCAGGUACAGGAACCCUCUGAGGAUGGAGGUCCCACCACUGUGGAUCUUGUCACAGCAUUGUGCCACACAACCUUGAAAGGGUUGUUUCAUCACUGAAAGGAUGGUCAGGCCCUGGCACAGCUGCCCAGGGCAGGGGUGGAGUCACCAUCCCUGGGGGUGUUCAAAAGACUUGUGGGAUGUGGCACGUGGGGACCUGGGUUAGUGGUGAUCAUGGCAGUGCUGGGGGAGUGGUUGGAAUGGAUGAUCUUGUGACCUGGGAGGGCUUUUCCAACAUUAAUGGUUCUGUGAAUCCCUGGUUGUCCUGUUGUGCCCCUGUGCCUGGUGUCUUGUGUCCUUUUGCCAGGCAGGGCCCCGUCUCCACAACCUUUCUAUAGACAGUGGAAAAUUGAAGUUCAGCCUCCCCAAGUCCUCUUUUCUCCUGCCUAGUGGGUCUCUGCUGAGCUCCCAGCCCCAAAGGUCCUAGGUAAACCAUGUCCCACGACAGGGACCAUGCCCUGAGGGUUUGCCCUGGGUGCCACACACCUGCUGACCCUGCACUGGUCACUCAGAGUGGCUUAGGGAGUGACAGAGACCACCAUGGGGACACCAGGAUGGGAUCACGGGGGCUGCACAUCCCAACAAAGGCAUGAGGGGGGCUGGAGGAGGUGGUGGGACAUGGCCCAGGAGAAGCAGCGUGGGACUGGAGGUGUUUUUGGGCAUCUCCUGCCCAAGUUGCAGUGGGACAGCUCCAACCAUGCCACCCUCUGCUGAUCAGCGAGCAUGGCAGGGCCCAGCCGGCCGUGUCUGCUCACCUGUGCCCAGGUGUUGUCCAGCUGCCCCUCGAGGCAGCAGAGCCACGCUGUGCCCGGCAGCUCCCACCCUUGGGGGGCUGCAGCCUGGGAAAGGGGCUGUGGCACCCAAACCUGCCCUGAAGGGACAAACCAGGGACUGGCUUGUGGCCAAGCACCCUGGAGCCUCCUGGUGAUGACUCCACUUGAGGUGUCAGACUGGAGCCUCCAAGCCCUAUGGCCAGCGGGGCUGUGGGAGGGGAUGUCACCCUGUCACCCAGCUCUGUGGGGAUGUCACGUUGGGGCAGGGCUGAGCCCGGCAGCCCCGUGAUCUGCCCUGAAGGCCCCGUGUGGAUGGGAUGAGCCAUGGGCAGCCCAAGGAGCAGAGCCCUUGGCUCACCCACAGCCUGGCACAGCAAGUCCUGCAGGGUUUGCUGCAGGGCAGGAGGUGCCAUGUCCCCAGGGCAGCGUGGCAGGGUGAGAGCUCUGCUCCUGCUGUGUCUGGGAAUGGACAGCUGGGGUGACAGGAGUGGAGAAGGAUGUUGUCAAAGCUCCUUCACACCCAGGGCUGUGGGACCAUCACCUUCCCUUGGUGGCUGGUGCCGGGAGAAGCAGUGACUGCAGUGAGCAGAGGGGCGGGGGUCUCAGGCAGGGGUUGGCAGCCCUUGGCUCUCCCCCAGGCUGUGAGGAUGGAGCUGUAACUGGAUGGUGAGCUAGAACUGCCCACGGACAUCCCAGCUUACCACAACAGUAACAGUCUCAAAACUACUCCCCCCGAGCUCCCAGGGCUCAGCAUCCCUGGAGCUGAGCGUUACCGGUGUGUGGGAAAUCAGCCUUGGCGGGGGAACCCACGCUGCUCUGCUCCUUCCGAAGCGCUGGGGUGCUCAGGGUGACCUCCGGGGCCGCCUGACGUCAGGAGCCCGGGUCUCCCGGGACACCCGGGAUCUCUGCCAGCGUGGCGAGGCUGGCCCCAGGGAGCACGAACCAGUUCCUGGCUCUGCCAGCCGCCCUGCCCUCUUAAUGAGGGAUAAUGAGGUGCAUCUCAUCAGCGCUGCAGACUUGCCCCCUGGCCACGGCGGCUGCCGGCAAAGCCCCUGGCAGGGCCCGGCAGUGAUGGAGGGGCUGGGGCAGGAGGGGACCCCAGCCGGGGGCUCUGCGGGGCUGGGGUCUGCGAGGGGUGCAUGAGCAGGGUGGGCGCUGGGACAGCGGCUGCGUGCCAGGGAGCCAGGGGCUGAUCCAGCCCCCGUCAGUGACCCCGGCACAAUCCCGGGGGGAUUUCUUCCCAUUGCAGACCUCACCCGGGUGAAGGACCCACUCUCUCAGCGUUUGCAGGGGCACAUUCAGCUGCCCAGCCAUCUGUGACCGUCACCCGCCCUGGCAGCCCAGGGCCCGCACAAGUGCCCAGAUGUGCCCCUCGGCAGCCCAGCCCGGCCCGGGGAACCCUCGGUGCCAGGCGCUGGCACAGGAACAGACGGUGCUGCGGUGGCCGGGAACGAGACGGGCUGGAAAGGAGACGGUGUUUGGCUGCAGGGGGGGGAGGAUCAGUCAGGAGGACCGGGCUGCGCUGCCCCGGCCCUGCUCCACGGCUCCUUCCCCCUGUACAGGUCACACGGGGCUGGGGAAUGCUGCUCCUUGCUGUGGGACAACCUGGGGGCUUCAAACUCCCGUCUCAGGGCCUUUGAGGGAUGGGAACUCUGUGUGCUGUGUGCUGAGGGGUGGCCCAGCACCCUUGGGUGAGUGGCUGGGAGGGUGGGUGGCUGUCAGGAGUUGUCCCCAUUGCUGCUGUCUGUUCUGUGCUUUUGUCUCUCCUCCUGGGCUGCACUGGGGGUCCCCAGAGCUGUGCCUGGCUGGUGCUGCAGGCACAGCCUACUGUCCCAGCUGGCAUUGCACCCCACUGCACCCUUGCACUGCAGCCCAUUGUGCCUCUUGGCUGGCACUGCAACCCCAGCCCCCCUUGCCCAGUGGCACUGCACUCUCUAGUCCUGCCUGGCUACACAGAGCCCCCUGCCCAGCCAGCCCUGUGUCCCACAGCCCACUGUCCCCAGCAGCACUGCACCCUAUAGCCCUGUGCCCCCAACAGCUGGUGCUGCACCCCCCAAGAGCUGCUCUUGCACCUCCAACAUCUGUCCCUGCACCCCGGGCUGUCGUGCAGAAGUCCCCGAGCCCUGCCCCAUCCCACACCCUGCAGCGCUGCCAUGCAGCCCCAUCCCACACCCUGCCCGUUCACACGAAGGCCCUGAGGCUACGCCUGCCCUCGGGCACCCCAAAAGCUCCUCCCGGGUGAAGCGGGGCUGCGCCGGGCCUGGUCGGGCUUCGCCUGGGCGUGAAGGGAGCCUGAGAGCAGGAGGGGCCAGGCGAGGCGGCAGGAAUGCGAGUGGGAGAGCGGCCGGGCAAGUAGCGACAGCUCCUGCGAGCGCGGAUCCCACACGCGGCUCGGGCAGGGAGCGGAGCCCGGCACGGGGCUGGCGGCCGGAAUGGGGCACCCCGUGGCUCACCCCCUCUGAGAGCCGGAGUGCAGGGCGGCGAGUCCCCGGGGGCAGCACGGCCACCGCGGGUCCCGGCCCCGGGGAGCUCGGCUGGAAUUCCUCCGGCGGGUAAUGCCCGGCUGGGCCGGCGCAGGGUGCUGAGGAUCCCGGGGGCCGAGCAGCCGUGAUGACCCCCGAGAAGGUGCUGAGGGAGGGGGUGCUGGAGAAGCGGAGCGGGGGGCUGCUGCAGCUCUGGAAGAAGAAGCGGUGCCUGCUGACGGAGAAGGGGCUGCAGCUCUUUGAGCCCAAGGGCUCGCGGCGCAAGGAGCUGAGCUUCGCCCGCAUGAAGGCCGUGGAGUGCGUGGAGUGGAAGGAGCGGCACAUUUACUUCACGGUGGUGAUGGACGACAGCCUCGAGAUCGACUUCCGCUGCGCCCAGGAGGACCCGGGCUGGAACGCUGAGAUCACCAUGGGGCUCGUGCGCUUCAAGAACCAGCAGGCGAUGCAGGAGUGGUGCAGCUGGACACAGCCCCGGUGGGACAGCCCAGGGAAUCACAGCUUCCCAGGAGUCGGAUGGAGAUGGCCCUCAGCUCGGCGGGUGCUGGGGAGAACGGGAUCCCUGCGGGCAAGUGAGGUCACCGCUGCGCAGCCCGGGGAUGAGGACAGUGGCCCCGGGGAGGCCGGUGCUGGCGCUGGCUCCCCCCUUGCCGGGGCAGGACAGAGGCACCACAAGAGCUGGGCUGGCACAGCCACCUCCCCUUGGCACAGCGGGCCAGAGGACACCAGCAGGGCCAUCACCUGGCACUUCAGACAAGGCAGGAGGUGACAUCCCUGCCUGGGGUCCCACCACCCUUCAUUCAGCUAACGUGUGCAGGACCUUGGUGCACUGGUGGGGACCCCAGGCCUCUCCUGCAGGACAGGGGAUGGAUGAGGCAGUGCCCGAAGGAUCUGUGCCACAGGGAGCUCUGCCUGUGUGACAGUGACACUGGGACAGAUGGAUGUGGCUGGGUCCCAAUUUUAAAAAAGGGCUGGAAAGCUGCUGCUGCAAGCAAGGACCCCUCAGUAGGGCACUGAAACAACGGUUUGGUGACACAGUCGUGCUGCUUGUCUCACCCUGGGAUGUCCUUGGGAUGUUGGGGAAUGCUGGGGAUCCCAAUGCCGUGUAC